AACUUCACCAAAUAAUAGCUGUUUGUAUUUUGGCUGCUGCAGGAGCCAUUUUAGCCAUUACUGGGCACUGGGAACUUGAAGAUGAUGAAGCACAUGGUCUCUGCCCUGGUGGAAUGCACAAUCUGUUAGAAGAGGCAGAGGUGAACUGCUACUAUAAACAUCAUGUUUUUGGCUGGGGUUGAGUUUGAACCCGCCACCUCCGGCAUAUGGGGCCAGCGCCCUACUCCUUUGAGCCACGGGCGCCGCCUGGCACUGCACUCUUGAACCGGAAGACAAGCACCUUUCCUCCUACGUUGUCCCUCCAGCUCCCUCUGCUGAUCAAGCUUAGUCUCACACUCUGUAAAGGAGAAAUGCUGGAGAGUCCGGCCCACUUUACUGCAGAACUGGUACUGAAGGAAAUAAAUAUCUUCCUUCAAUAGAUGAAAAUGAAAAUACAGAAGAAAGAGAAGCAGUUGUCCAAUUUAAAAGUUCUGAAUCACUCCCCAAUGUCUGAUGCCUCUGUCAAUUUUGACUACAAAUCCCCAUCACCAUUUGACUGCAGCACUGAUCAGGAAGAGAAAAUUGAAGAUGUUGCCAGUCACUGUCUGUCCCAGAAGGACCUGUACACUACUGAGGAGGACGCUGCCACCCUGUUUCCUAGGAAAAUGACGUCCCAUAAUGGGAUGGAGGACAGUGGAGGAGGAGGCACUGGAGUGAAAAAGAAACGGAAGAAAAAGGAGCUAGGAGAGCAGGAGGCCGCAAAGGGAGGCAAGGACAGAGAGCCGAAGCCAAAGAGGAGGCGAGAACCGAAAGAGCCAAAGGAGCCCAGGAAGGCCAAGGAGCAGAGGAAGGCCAGGGAGCCCAAGGAGCUGAAGCAGAAGGACGGAGCAAAGAAGGCGCGGAAGCCCCGGGAGGCCUCGGGCACCAGGGAGGCCAAAGACAAGAGGAGCUGUGCUGACCCUACAGCCAGGACAAAGUCCAAGAAGGGCAGCAAGGAGCAAGGACCAACCCCAGUGGAGAAAAAGAAGAAAGGAAAAAGGAAAAGUGAAACUACAGUGGAGAGUUUAGAGCUGGAUCAGGGUCUGCCGAACGCAUCCCUGCGGAGUCCUGAGGAGUCCACUGAGUCUGCAGACAGCCAGAAACGACGCUCAGGACGGCAAGUGAAGCGCAGAAAAUACAACGAGGACCUGGACUUCAAAGUGGUCGACGAUGAUGGGGAAACAAUCGCUGUUCUUGGCGCUGGGCGAACAUCUGCACUCUCAGCGUCCACACUGGCUUGGCAGGCAGAGGAGCCUCCAGAAGAUGAUGCAAACAUCAUUGAAAAGAUCUUGGCAUCCAAGACUGUCCAGGAGGUGCACCCAGGAGAGCCGCCAUUCGACUUGGAGCUGUUCUACGUUAAGUACAGAAAUUUUUCCUACUUACAUUGUAAAUGGGCCACAAUGGAAGAGCUCGAAAAGGAUCCUCGCAUCGCACAGAAGAUCAAGCGAUUUAGGAAUAAACAAGCCCAGAUGAAGCACAUUUUUACUGAGCCCGAUGAAGACUUGUUCAAUCCAGACUAUGUGGAAGUCGAUCGCAUCUUGGAGGUGGCUCACACCAAGGAUGCAGAAACAGGGGAGGAGGUGACACAUUACCUGGUGAAGUGGUGCUCACUGCCCUAUGAAGAAAGCACGUGGGAGCUAGAGGAAGAUGUGGAUCCUGCAAAAGUUAAAGAAUUUGAAUCUCUUCAAGUUCUCCCUGAAAUUAAGCAUGUGGAGCGGCCUGCUUCAGACUCCUGGCAGAAACUCGAGAAAUCUCGGGAGUAUAAGAACAGUAAUCGGCUUCGGGAGUACCAGCUGGAGGGGAUGAACUGGCUUCUUUUUAACUGGUACAACAGAAAAAACUGUAUUUUGGCUGAUGAGAUGGGCCUAGGGAAGACCAUCCAGUCCAUCACAUUCCUUUCAGAAAUAUUCCUCAGGGGAAUCCACGGCCCUUUUCUCAUCAUCGCCCCUCUCUCCACCAUCACUAACUGGGAGCGGGAGUUCAGGACAUGGACAGAGAUGAAUGCCAUUGUGUACCACGGCAGCCAGAUCAGCAGGCAGAUGAUCCAGCAGUACGAGAUGGUGUACAGGGACGCACAGGGAAACCCCCUUUCAGGAGUCUUCAAGUUCCAUGUUGUCAUCACAACAUUUGAGAUGAUCCUGGCAGACUGCCCAGAGCUGAAGAAGAUUCACUGGAGCUGUGUGAUAAUUGAUGAAGCUCACAGACUGAAGAACAGAAACUGCAAACUUCUGGAGGGUCUAAAGCUCAUGGCCCUGGAACAUAAAGUGCUUCUCACUGGAACACCCUUGCAGAACUCUGUGGAAGAGCUCUUCAGUUUGCUAAAUUUUCUGGAGCCAUCACAGUUUCCUUCAGAGACUGCUUUCUUGGAAGAGUUUGGAGAUCUGAAAACAGAGGAACAGGUAAAGAAACUGCAGUCUAUCCUAAAACCAAUGAUGCUUCGGAGGCUGAAAGACGAUGUGGAAAAGAACCUUGCCCCCAAACAAGAGACGAUCAUUGAGGUGGAACUGACCAAUAUCCAGAAAAAGUACUAUCGUGCUAUCCUGGAGAAGAACUUUUCCUUUCUAACCAAGGGAGCAAAUCAGCACAACAUGCCCAAUCUCAUCAACACCAUGAUGGAGCUGAGAAAGUGCUGUAACCAUCCCUACCUGAUCAAUGGAGCAGAGGAGAAAAUUCUGGAAGAUUUCCGAAAAUCCCACAGCCCCGAUGCCCCUGACUUUCAGCUGCAGGCCAUGAUUCAGGCCGCAGGGAAGCUGGUGCUGAUCGAUAAACUGCUCCCUAAGCUGAUUGCAGGUGGCCACAAGGUACUCAUCUUCUCCCAGAUGGUGCGCUGCCUCGAUAUCCUGGAAGAUUAUCUCAUCCAGAGGAGAUACACCUAUGAGCGAAUUGAUGGGCGAGUACGGGGAAACCUGCGCCAGGCAGCCAUCGACCGGUUCUGUAAGCCAGACUCAGACCGCUUUGUCUUUCUCCUGUGCACCAGAGCGGGAGGCCUGGGGAUCAAUCUCACAGCUGCUGAUACCUGCAUCAUAUUUGAUUCUGACUGGAACCCACAAAAUGACUUGCAGGCUCAGGCCCGAUGUCACCGCAUAGGCCAGAGCAAGGCUGUGAAGGUGUAUCGCCUCAUCACUCGGAAUUCCUACGAGCGGGAGAUGUUUGACAAGGCCAGCCUAAAACUGGGGCUGGAUAAGGCUGUGCUUCAGGACAUCAACCGAAAGGGCGGCACCAAUGGGGUACAGCAGCUCUCAAAAAUGGAGGUAGAGGACUUGCUCCGGAAAGGGGCUUAUGGAGCCUUAAUGGAUGAAGAAGAUGAAGGCUCCAAGUUCUGUGAAGAAGACAUAGACCAGAUUCUGCAGCGGAGAACCCACACCAUCACCAUCCAGUCUGAGGGUCAAGGGUCCACGUUCGCCAAGGCUAGCUUUGUGGCUUCAGGAAACAGAACAGAUAUUUCCUUAGAUGAUCCUAACUUUUGGCAGAAAUGGGCUAAAAUAGCUGAACUAGACACUGAAGCAAAGAGUGAAAAGGAAAGCUUAGUGAUUGACCGACCUCGGGUGAGAAAGCAGACCAAACACUACAACUCAUUUGAGGAAGACGAGCUCAUGGAGUUUUCAGAAUUAGACAGUGACUCGGAUGAAAGGCCCACGAGGUCCAGGCGCCUGAGUGACAAAGCCAGGCGUUACCUCCGAGCUGAGUGCUUCCGGGUGGAGAAGAAUCUGCUCAUCUUUGGCUGGGGCCGGUGGAAGGACAUCCUGACUCAUGGCCGAUUCAAGUGGCAUCUGAAUGAGAAGGACAUGGAGGUGAUUUGCCGUGCCCUGCUGGUCUACUGUGUCAAGCAUUAUAAGGGAGAUGAGAAGAUCAAGAGUUUCAUCUGGGAGUUGAUUACACCCACCAAAGAUGGUCAGGCCCAGACCCUCCAGAACCACUCAGGGCUGUCUGCCCCGGUCCCCAGAGGGAGGAAGGGGAAAAAGACAAAGAACCAGCUGCUCCUCCCAGAGCUGAAGAAUGCAGACUGGCUGGCCACCUGCAACCCAGAGGUGGUCCUGCACGAUGACGGCUACAAGAAACACCUGAAACAGCACUGCAACAAGGUACUUCUGCGAGUCCGGAUGCUAUACUACCUGAAGGCUGAAAUACUGGGGGAAGCAGCUAAUAAAGCCUUUGAAGGAACUCCUGCCAGGGAGCUGGAUGUACCUCUGCCUGACAUCGACUACAUGGAAAUCCCAGUGGACUGGUGGGAUGCCGAGGCCGAUAAGUCCCUUCUCAUUGGCGUGUUCAAGCAUGGCUACGAGAGGUACAACGCCAUGCGAGCAGACCCAGCACUUUGCUUCCUGGAUAAAGUCGGGAUGCCAGAUGAAAAGUCACUUUCUGCAGAACAGGGUGUUACAGAUGGGACCUCAGACCUUCCCGAAAGAGGCAAUACAGAUAAAGAAGAUAAUGCCGAGGACAAAUUAGAUGGUCUCCAGAAACAAACAGAGAGCUCCAGCGAAGGAGGCAAUGGCAUUUUUGGUGAAAAGAAGGAUGAGAGCCGGACAGCCCAGGAUGGCUCCGACCCAGACAAAUCACCCUGGCCAGUUUCAUCUGCUCUCACAGCCCGUCUCAGACGACUGGUCACCAUUUAUCAGCGCUGCAACCGGAAGGAACUCUGCCGACCUGAAAUGCUAGGACCAGGUAACCAAGGAUACUGGGUUCAGGAAGAAAUGUUCAGGAGAACCUCGGAAAUGGACCUCAUCAACAAAGAAGCUCAAAAGAGGUGGACUAGGAGAGAACAAGCAGACUUCUAUAGAACAGUGUCUUCUUUUGGUGUUGUUUAUGAUCAAGAAAAGAAAACCUUUGACUGGACACAGUUCCGUAUCAUAUCCCGUUUGGACAAGAAGUCAGAUGAGAGCCUGGAACACUAUUUUUACAGUUUUGUGGCUAUGUGCCGGAACGUCUGUCGACUACCUGCGUGGAAAGAUAGUGUUUCCCACACACCUAAAACUGCCAUGCUGAGGAGCCAGGAGUUAAACUGUCCCCCAGAUGCCACCAUCUACAUCGAACCCAUCACUGAGGAACGAGCAGCGAGAACUCUGUACCGCAUCGAACUCUUACGGAAGGUCAGAGAGCAAGUGCUCAAGUGUCCUCAGCUGCAUGAACGCCUCCAGCUGUGCAGGCCCAGCCUCUACCUCCCAGUUUGGUGGGAGUGUGGGAAGCAUGAUCGAGACCUGCUCAUCGGCACCGCCAAACACGGCUUGAACCGUACUGACUGUUACAUCAUGAACGACCCCCAGCUGUCCUUCCUGGAUGCCUAUAGAAACUAUGCCCAGCAUAAAAGACCUGACACUCAGGCACCAGGAAGUCUCUGUUGCCUUUACCAGACCAAUUCCAAAUUAUAUGAAUCUCUGACAUACACUCAAAUGAAUAGGACUUCAGAGUCCCUUGAAAAUGAACCCGAGAAUCGAGGGAAAAUAGAAAGCAGAGAUGAUCGUCUUGGUCUGUCUGAUGUGACUUGUGAAAAUUUGAUUUCUAAUGUUCAGGAUGUCAUUUCCAUCAGCCACGAUGAAAGUCUGCUGCCCGAGACCUUGGACAGCAUGGUGUAUGGUAAGAAGGUGCUCGGCCGAGAAUCAGCCUCUUUGGAGGAGAGCCCAAAGACCAUUGCGGAGUCCAGAGGAGAUGCCGCUGCCGUCUCGGGAAGCCAGGAGGCAGAAGUAUCUUCAGGCCCCUCUUUUUUGGGUAGCUUAGAAGCUAGAGUAGCUCAGGUGAACAUUAAAAAUGGAAAACAUUUAUUGUUGUCUACUUCAGAGGAAGGGGACCUCUGCUGCAGUGUGGCGGGGCCAAGACCUGAAAGCAUUGUGCAGCUAGAAGCCAAGUGCUUAGCUUCCCCUUCCUUGGACCCAGAAGGCGAAAGUGGUUUUGUAGAUAUGUGCAAUCUUAGUGUCUGUGACUCCAAAAGAAACCUGUCAGCAGAUCAGCAAUUAAUUGAUUUAUUAGAAAACAAAACCUUAGAAAGUAAAUUGAUUUUGAGCCAGAACCACAGUGAUGAGGAGGAGGAGGAGGAGGAAAAUGAGGAGGAAAACUUGUCUGUGACAGCAGGCAUGAGGGAGAGGCCAGAAGCCUUGCAUCUCACCGAGCCCACUCCUAACAUCCCAACAGAAGAGAGCCGAGGCUUCCGUUUAAAUGAAGCCAAGAAGGGAAGCCUGGAGGUGGUGACCCAGACCCCUGGACCGCAGAGGGCUUUCCCUCCAGCAGCCUGUCAGUGUCACUGCAAACACAUGGGGAGAUGGACACGCGGCCUCAAGAAUGAAUUUGAAGUGGAGAAACCGGAGGGUUAUAACCUAGACCUAUACAAAAGCAAAACCAAUAGUAUUACCUUGGAGGGGGAGCCCACUGCUAUUCCAUCAGAACUGUUCAAAGUGAAACAGGAGCUUUUAAAAGACCCUUGGAAAGAAAGUACAGAGGGGAGAAAGGGUUUCUCCACAUAUCUUCUUGAAGGAAGUGAGCUCAAAUCAGAAGACUUGGAUUUUGAGAAUAAAGAUGAUUAUGAUAGAGAUGGAAACUGCCACAGUCAAGAUUAUCCAGGGAAAUACUCUGAGGAGGAGAGCAAGAGCUCAGCAUCAGGCAUUGCUGGAGACGUCGGGGAUGAGCUGCAGGAAGCGCGGGCCCCCACGAUUGCCCAUCUGCUGCAGGAGAAAACCCUCUAUUCCUUCUCUGAAUGGCCAAAGGAUCGUGUGAUAAUUAACCGCCUAGAUAAUAUCUGCCACGUAGUAUUAAAGGGGAAGUGGCCCUCCAGCCAGCAAUAUGAGCCCUUGGGUACCCUGUCCACCCCAGUAUUAACCAGCAGUGCUGGUUCUAGGAGCAUCCUCUCAGAGCCAGAAGCAGCAGAACACAGCUUCAGCAAUGGUGCAGCAUUGGCAGCCCAGAUUCAGAAGGAGAGUUUCUUGACUCCAGUAUUCACAAAGGAUGAACAGAAGCACAGACGUCCUUACGAGUUUGAGGUGGAGAGGAAUACAAAGGCUCGCAGCUUGGAGCAGUUCUCUGCCGCCCACGGGCACCCCCCCAUUGUCCUCAAUGGCUGGCAUGGGGAGUCAGCUAUAGAUCUCUCGUGCUCCUCAGAUGGGUCCCCAGGAGCCACAUCCCCUUUCCCAGUGAGCACCAGCACACCGAAGAUUGGAGCUAUCAGUUCACUUCAAGGAGCCCUUGGCAUGGAUUUGUCUGGAAUUCUGCAAGCUGGCCUGAUCCAUCCAGUGACCGGACAGAUUGUCAAUGGCAGCCUUAGAAGAGAUGACGCGGCCUCGAGGAGGCGGAGAGGGAGGCGGAGACAUGCAGAAGGAGAGAUGGACCUCAUCUUCUUGAAGGAGCAGACCCUUCAGGCAGGAAUCUUGGAAGUCCAUGAAGACCCCGGACAGGCCACCCUGAGUACCACACAAGCUGAAGGGCCAGGGCCUGCUACCCCGGCCCCUGAGCCAGCCGCAGCAGCUGGCAGUCAAGGCGAGAAAGCUGUUCCCAGCAAGUGUCUGCUGGACUGGCUGAGGCAGCAGGCUGACUACUCCUUAGAAGUUCCUGGCUUUGGAGCAAAUUUUUCAGACAAACCAAAACAGAGGAGGCCACGCUGUAAAGAACCUGGAAAAUUAGACAUCAGCUCUCUGAGUGGGGAAGAGGGGGUUUCUGCUGUCCCCAAGGAGCCAGGACUGAGGGGGUUUCUCCCAGAAAAUAAGUUCAAUCACACCUUGGCUGAGCCUGUCCUUCGAGAUGGAGGCCCCCGAAGAAGGGGGAGGCGGCCUCGGAGUGAACUCCUGAAAGGUCCUGCCAUCGUAGCGGACUCUCCCUCCGGAAUGGGGCCUCUGUUCAUGAAUGGACUGAUUGCUGGGAUGGACCUAGUAGGACUUCAGAGCAUGAGAAAUAUGCCAGGCAUCCCCCUCACUGGGCUGGUCGGGUUCCCGGCUGGCUUUGCCACGAUGCCAACGGGCGAGGAGGUCAAGAGCACGCUGAGCAUGCUGCCCAUGAUGCUGCCGGGCAUGGCCACUGUGCCCCAGAUGCUCGGUGUCGGGGGACUCCUGAAUGCACCCAUGGCGACCACCUGCACUUCCACCGCCCCGGCGUCUCUAUCAAGCACAACAAAAAGUGGUACAGCAGCGCCUGAAAAGACUGCAGAAGACAAGCUGAUUAGCCAUGAUGUGAAAACAGACACUGUAGCUGAAGACAAGCCUGGUCCAGGGCCAUUUUCUGAUCAGUCCGAACCUGCAAUAACUACUAGUAGUCCUGUGGCUUUUAACCCAUUUCUCAUCCCAGGAGUGUCUCCUGGACUCAUUUACCCAUCCAUGUUUCUCUCCCCUGGCAUGGGCAUGGCUCUGCCGGCCAUGCAGCAGGCCAGACACUCUGAAAUAAUAGGUCUGGAGAGCCAGAAACGGAAGAAGAAGAAAACAAAAGGGGACAACCUGAGCCCCAACUCAGACCCUGCCCCCAGCUGCGAAAGGGAGCCAGGCAGUGAUCAGAACUGCACCGAACCCAGUGCCCUGGUGCCCCCAGAGAGAGAACUUGCGGCACAGGCUGGGGAAGGGACACUCAAAGACUCCAAAAACGACACCAAUUAGAACUUUUUUCAUUUAAGAAAUUAUUGUGACUUGUAAGUUUCUUAUCCCAUAAAGGUUUGUUACUUCCCUCACUUCACCUUCAUAAGAACCUAUGUUGCCAUAAGUAAGGUUACCUACCUGAUUUCCUGUCUGAGAACUAUGGUAACAGGUGUUAUAGUUGCAGGGUCUUACCACUUCAUUAGAUAAGUGUCGUCUACCUAGUCUAGGAGGCACAGAAUUUUCAUUCUGUUAUCCAGUGGUUCAUUCCAGCAAUCGUAGUUAAUACAGUACUUGGUGACACACCCUACCCCCUUCUCUUCCAAGUUUCCCAUUUAUUUGAGGAGGAAAAUGGCAAAAGAAAGCUGUCUAGUAAUUUACCAGUGAAGGGCCGAAGAACACAAACAGAGAAGAGCCCUUUUCUCCAUGAGCUGGAUUGAAUAGGAGGAAUGUAACGGGGAAACCAAAAAGCACAGGAAAGGAAGUGCUGGCGCGUAUUUUUGAGUUAAAAUAUUUCCCUAUUUUAUGAUGAUUACUAAGUAAUAUAGACAGAAGUAUAUAACUAAUGGUUGAAAAUACACAUACUCAUUUCUUUGUGAAAAACAAGAUCCUUACUAGUCGUAGUAUAAUUUUCCCCCCUCAUGGUUUUUCAGACACCUACAGCAAGAAGACAUACUGACUGACGAGGCAUUAUUUUAUAUUCCAUGAUCCCUCUCCCCAGCUAGAAGAUGACUCUCGCCAUGAGAAACCUUCACCCACCUUGACCAUUGCUGGCAACGGGUGGGCGAGGGCCGCACACCGCAGAGCUGCACGCUGCUGCCUUGAGCACAGGCUCGCGCCCUGCCCUGCCCUCCGUCGCUUGCAGACUUGUCUAGCCACUAAUAGGCCUCUCCGUGUGUUUAAAGAGCACCAGGACCUGAUGGGGUUUUGUGGAGGCUGCGAGAAGAUAGUCACUCAGCGCUUUGGCGCUAGCUGGGUCCCCUCAUCAAGGCUAUCAGGCUGUUGAAAUUGGUGCCCCAUCCUCUAGGAUACAACUGUGAAAAGUUAUUUUCUCUCCAUUAUUUCUCUAUUCUGCUUAUCUCUGACCGUUGGACCCAAAUUCCAAAUUAGUCAAGACUGUUGCAAGUCAACAUUAUUCUCUCUUCUCCCUCAGCCUUUCCACGUUUGGGAGCUGAGGUGGGAAGAACCUGCCUGAGCAGCACUUCCCUGCUCCGUUCACCUUCCCGCUCACGUCACACCCCUUCUGAUGGUCAUCUUCACAGGGAGUCCACUCUCAGACUCGAAUGAGCUCAUGGGUCAGUACUCUAGGGGCACAGGGCUGCGAGGACCAUUGGAAAUGGUGCAAGUGUUACUAGUACCGGUUUCACUUUUUGUUGUCACAAUUUACUGUAUUUUUUACUUUUUCUGUUACAGUUUUGCUAAUUUAUCAGAAGGUCCAAAAGUCUGGCAUAACUUUCAUUUUGCAUUAUUUAUUUAUGAUGCUUUUGUCAUUUGUCUUUUAUACAUUUGGGAUUAUAAAUUAUGUAAAUGUUAAAAUGAGCAUCUCAAAGAAGUCUGUUAAAUCAUGACCGCAAAAAAAAAUCAAUCAGAUGUAUUUUUUAAAAAGUGAGUCCCAGUUUUAUGAAUCAGAGGUAUAAGCCAGAAGAAAUUCUAUAACUGAUCAUAUAAGAAGAAAUUAUCUGAUAGUUGAACAAAUCCUAUUUAAUGGCGUCCUUGUAGCAUAGAUGGUCUAUAAAGCUGACAACAGAUUUCUUAGAAAUGCUGCUCUCUCUAUUUAACUAACAUUUUGUUCAGUUUUGCCUCCAGUGGAAGCAGAAAGGGUUUUUUCAGCUAUUAAAUCCUAAAAAUCAAUAUAAUUUAUUUAUGUAAAAAAAAUCACUCAAUCAAUAUAUUUUUGAACCUUUUAAGUACUAAUUUUCUUUUUAUCAAGUAGAAAAAAAAUGUAUUUGCCCUAAAUCCUUAAAAUACAAAUGCUAUAAAAAUUCCUGUAUCUUGAAAGCCUUACUGCAGACGAGUAUUACAGACAUGCAGCAGCGUCUGGUUUGCCUUGUUGUC